AUGUAUGUGUACGGCUGUGUUUUGCAAAUUUUUGUGCUUGUUACUCAUCCAGCGAGUAUGCAGUCAUCGUAAUUAUUGCAGCAACACUAAUAAUAAAUAAACCAAAAACUACAGUUAUAGGUCGCAAGUUCGUGCUCGGCUGCAUUUGCGGAUUUUAUGUAUUUUACAUACAUGUAUUUACUUAUGCAUGCAAUAUUGUUGUGGGCGAGCGCAUAAAGUGAAUGCCAAUUCUGUACACUAACAACAACAACAACAACAGUAGCAGCAGCAGCAGUAGCAGUUAAAUCUUAUAAAGUGUGUACCAGUGUGUGUGUGUGUGUGUGGGCAGUAAGUGAAGCCCCAGUGCUCUCCAUUUACAUACGUACGUAUUAACGUACAUAUUGUAUAUCAUAAACGACGCCAGCUGUUGACUUCCGUCGAUGCCCGGCUUUCAUCUCAAUGAAAUGGGUGAAAUGGUAUUGGACGCCAUCGAUGAAAUUGGCGUGGUCGAUGUCUACGAUCUGGCAUCGGAUAUUGGCAAGGAAUAUGAGCGCGUUAUGGAUCGCUUUGGCACGGAUGCCGUCAGCGGCUUGAUGCCCAAGAUAAUCAAUACGCUGGAACUGCUCGAAGCGCUGGCGACAAAGAACGAACGUGAAAAUACAACCAUACAGGAGCUGAAGGAGAAAAUAGCACAGCUGGAGAGCGAGAAGCUGGAGAAGGCAGAGUUCCGGCGACGCUUUGAGAAAGAGUUGGAGCUGAUUGAGGAGCAAUGGCGCACCGAGACCAACGAGCUGGUUGACCUGGUGUCCUCGCUGCAGGAUGAAAACAAGCGGCUGGUAAAGCAAACGCAAGACUUGCAAUCCUCAUCGGCGCAGAGCUCUGGCCUGGGCGCCAGCCUCACCGAGAGCAUCAUCAGCAUGACCAACAAUGAGCUGCAUAGCGCACUAUCCGACACGCAAGUGCUGCAGCGGCUCAAGGAGCAAAUCUACAAGCAACGCGAUGAGCUAAAGCAACGCGAGCGUGAGCUGCAGGACAAGUACAGCGAGCUGGAGCAUGUCAAUAUACAAGCGGAGCGCUUGAAGGCAUCGGAGCGUGAUACGCGGCGCCGGCACAAGCUGAUGCAGGCGCAGGUAAAGACUUUAUGCGAGGAGCGCGCUGAUUUCUUAGCGCAGCUGCAGGAUCAGUGCCGCGAGAUUAAUCAGCUGCGCAAGCGUUUGGGCUUGGCCGAAAAGGAGAACGAGGAUCUAGUGCAGUCCUAUGACGAUGAUCUAAACGAUCCCAAUCGACCGCGUUAUACGACGCGCGAGCUCAAGGAGCUUAUAAGCGAACGCGAUGACUUGCUGACCACCAUUGACAGUCUCAACGAGCAGCUGGCCGAGCUGAAGCCAAGCAAGCGCACGCGUCAAGUGUCCAGCUCCGAUGACAGUGAUGAUGAUGACAACGAGGCCGACGAUGGCGUCGAAGCGGAUGUAGAUGAUGCACAUGUGGCUGGCGAAACGCCACCUGGACAUGAUGCGCCAGUGCAGGGGCCAUUGCCCUAUGAGCCAGACGAUGCACCCUGGAAGAAGAGCUCCGAGUCGGGCAUACGCAAGUUCUUCCGCAAGCUCUUCUCUGAUCCAACGGAUGGCAGCAAUACAUUCCCAAAACGUUCCUUGGCCACGCUCUCGAAGAUGGCGCUAUCGGCCACACCCGGCAGCGGCAACGAGCCGAAUAGUCCCUGUCUGUCUAUUGCUAUGUUUUAUAUGCUCGCUAAGUAUUUACCAUUUUCUUUUAUGCUGUACAUAAUUUACAUAAUCGAUUGCUGUGCUAUCAUAAUCUUAAGUUGUUAUAUCCUAUUUUACUUGAUUGUUAAAUAACUCUAUAUUAUUUAUAAGACAACAAACACUCAUAUACUGACAAAUACUACUACUACUUACUAAACUAAACUAAUCCAUUGACCAAAAUCGAAGUAAAAAUAUGUUCUAGGCCUGACUAGCGGGCGGUAAUGCAAACGGUAAACAUUUAUUAGCUACUUGGCUAACUAUAGAUUUAUAUUAACUAGUCUAACACACAUACCCUAUACAUAUGCAAUAUGAUUCACAUGAAUGUGAAUCUAGUAAAUUGAAAAGACAUGUUGUGAGUUUCUGAAUGAAUUUAGGCAUCAAUUAAAUUAAAAAUAAUAUCAAAGCGCGAUUUUAACACAAAGUUCUGGCAAACGUGAUUUCGGUAUCAGUAUUUGUAAUCAACAAUAUGUAUAAAUUAACAAAUUUGAAAAGUAUUGUAGCUCUAGCUCUAUCUCUAUCUUAACUAUAGUUUCGCGCUCUCUCGCUUUCGCUCUGUUGCUGUCUCUUUCCUACUAACAUAAGCAAAUUGUAGCUUUUUUUGGAUAGCAGUUGCCCCAGUUGCGGCCUUAUAUUAAAAUAUAUAAUAACAACAACAAAACACACACACUCAAGCCAAAUAAAUUAGUAAUUACUAAAUAACAAAUUAAUCUUUAGCCAACGUUAAAUUGUAGCGCAUUGUUUGUUGACAAUUGUUUAAUAGUAAUUAUAUAUGAAAAUUAGCCAACGCAUUUUUAACCAACAAUUUUUGCAAACAAAUACGACUUAGCGUUGUUGUUAACAAUUCUCAAUUGAUACCGUUAUAUACAUACAUACUUAGCUUAAUCAAACAGUUUAACAUUAGAUAAAAGAGCAAAGACAACAAAUCCUUAAUAAUAGUGAACUAUUGAUGAGCCACUAACCAAAACCACAAUGUACAAUGCCACAAACUGAUAAAAAACAAAAAAAAACGAAAACAAUUUUAACUAUUAAAUUUAAUUUUAAUUAUCCGCUUCAUAUGGCUGCCAAAUCGCUGCAAAGCUUUGCGCUCUAUUUCUAUCAAAAUUUUCAGCUACAUUUUCAUAUCUUUAUGCCAUUUUCCAUAUCAACAUAUCAGUUUUGAUUGUGAUCUGUAAGUUUUAAAUUUGGCUGGCAGUGCAACAAAAUGCGCUUUUAUAAAAAUAUAUAUAUGGUUUGGAAAAGCUUCUAUAUUGCUGGCUAAAACCAUUUAAAUUCUGAUUUUGAUGUUUUGUUUUUUAAAUUGCAAGCAACGAGAAAUGUGCCAAAGACUAAAAACGAAUUCAGCGGUUGCCAUUGAUCCCAGAUCUAAACAAAUACACAUACCAUACACAAUUACAUAAUAAUAAACUAAUAC